AUGGCAUCAACUACACACACAGACUUUGGAGCUAACACCGAAGCCACUGAGGUUGCCCAAGCAUUUGAUGACGGUAUCCGUGGCAAAACUAUCCUCAUUACUGGAGUCAACCGUGGAGGUAUUGGCUUUGCCACUGCGCAGGCUUUUUCCACCCAGUCUCCAGCUCAUAUCAUCCUCGCCGGCCGCAGUCCUUCCAAGGCAAAGGAGAGCAUCGAUGAACUCAAGGCCAAGUUCCCAGAUGUAGACUACCGAUUCUUGGAGGUCGACCUCUCCAGUCAGGAGUCCGUGCGCAACGCAGCUAAAGAAGUCCUCUCUUGGUCCGAUAUUCCUACUAUCGAUUUGAUCAUCAACAGCGCCGGUGUCAUGGCCAUCCAAGAGCGUACUCUAACCAAGGAUGGUAUCGAAAUGCAUCUCGCAACCAACCACAUUGGUCAUUGGCUUCUAAGCUGUCUCUUAAUGCCCAAGCUCAUCAAAGCAUCCGAACACAAACCAAAGGGUUCUGUUCGUAUCGUCAAUGUCACUUCCGGCUCACCUAUGGUAUCAAGCAUGCGCUGGAGCGACAUGAACUUUGACAAGAAAAACAAAGACCUUCCCCAGGAGGAGCAGCCAAACUACGAGUUCUUUAAACUCUGGGGAUACGAAAACAGCGAAGAAACAGCUUAUGUUCCCCUUGAUGGGUACAACCGCAGCAAGGUCGCCAACGUCCUUUUCGGCAUCGAGGCUAACAAGCGUCUCUUUGAAAAACACGGCAUUUUUACGCUUGCUGUUCAUCCUGGUGUCAUCAUGACGACUGAGCUGGGAAGAAACUUCCCCAAAGAGACUGUGGAGGCUGUUGAGAAGAUGGCGUCAAUGGGGCGCUUUACUUACAAGUCAGUAGAGGCCGGUGCUUCGACUAGUCUUGUUGCUGCUUUGGAUCCCAAGCUUGCGAUCGGUAUUGGGGAGACUCAUGAGGGAAGUGAGAAUUACGGAGCGUAUCUUGCUGACUGUCAGAUCAGCACUGGAGCGAAGCCGUUGGCUGUUUCGAGCAGUGAGGCUAAGAAACUGUGGGAUUUCUCUGAGGAGGCAACUGGACAGAAGUUUUUGUGGUAG